ACCAGGUAGGGAGGGACUAUAAGAGAAACCCCCUAGUCUUUUCGACGGGUCAAGACAUCCAGAAUGUGCCUCCUGCUUCUUCUUUCUUGCUUCUCCUUGGUGGCAGCGUCCGCUCAGGUACAACCCGACGGCCGGGCAUCCUUCCGCCGCUCCAAUGACCCGUCGGGACGCUGCCUAUACACCUUCACGGUGCCCAGUCCAGAAGAAUCCAGCUGUUCCGGAGGCGGUGGAAGAUCUGAGGUGGAUGCCGUCUUGGCUCGGGUGACCCUGCUGGAAGCUCUGGUCAGCCGCCUCUUAGCAGGAGCGGACACCAGGGGGGAUGUCAAAGAGGGGCUCCAGGAGACUCACUCGCAAGUCACGGCUGAGAGAAACCAGCUGCAGCAGGACAAGGAACGUCUGACGCGGCAGAUCAUGGAGAUGCAGAUGAGAGUGGCCGAACUCAGCCAGGAGGCACAGCGAGCCUGUCAGGACAGGGCCACCUCAGGCGCUCGGCAGGAGAGCAGAGACCGACCUGCAAGUGAUACUAGCUACGAUGUCAGUAAUGACUCGUACCAGGAGAUGAAGGCGGAGGUGACGGAGGUUCCUGCGUCUCAGCUGCUUCCUGACUCAAAUAAAACAGGUUGUGGGGAACUGCUGUCGGUGGGUGAUCCAGUGACGCACAGGAAGGCUGAGGCCAUCUCCGGGAAGUAUGGAGUUUGGCUCCAGGAUCCUGACCCCCAAGGUUCCUACUACACCAACAAGUCAGUUUGGCGCAUCGACGCCGUUGGCAAAGAAGUGCGGCAGUUGUCCGUGUAUGAAGACAUGGAUCAGUUCGCUCAGGGCUUCCCAAUGAAGGUCCUGCUCCUGCCUGAUCCGGUGGAGAGCACCGGAGCCACCAUGUAUAGAGGUUCUCUGUAUUAUCAACGCAAACGUAGCAGGACUCUCAUCCGCUACGACCUGGCCUCUGAGAGUCUGGCGGCUCGACGGGAGCUGCCUCAUGCCGGCUUCCACGGCCAACACCCGUACUCCUGGGGGGGCUACACCGACAUUGACCUGGCGGUGGACGAGCAAGGCUUGUGGGCCAUCUACAGCACCAGCAAGGCGAAGGGCGCCAUUGUGAUCUCUAAGCUAGACCCAGAGAACCUUGAGGUGAAGAAGAGCUGGGAGACCAGGAUCAGGAAGAACUCGGUGGCCAAUGCCUUCAUGGUGUGCGGGCGUCUGUAUACGCUGGCUAGCUACGCAGCAGCCAACACCACCAUCAACUACAUGUUCGACACGGCAACCGGCGUGGGGCGACCUGUCCACAUUCCCUUCAAGAACAAGUAUCGCUACAACAGCAUGGUGGACUACAACCAUGACCAGAAGAAGCUGUUCGCCUGGGACAACUUCCACAUGGUGACCUACGACGUCAGUCUGGGGCGGCCCGGACAGGACAGCCGUUAAAGUCGCCAGAUUGACAUGACUUUCGUAUUCAAUCCCUAUAGUUGUUCUCUGAACAGGAAUGUUACUGUAAAUAGCAUGUGUCCUAACUGAGGUAUUUCAAUGAAUGUAUGACCAAGGAUAUCAGGUACAAGAGGAAUCAAAAUAAUAUAUUUUUGUUUAAUAAAACUGUCCUGUCACAAAACGUCUCAAUAAAAAUCUAUAU